GAACGACAUAUAUAGCGACGACUGCCGAUAGAGGUUGUGUGUGUUUCAAAAAUCACCAUGUUUGUUUCAGCACUUAUCUUAUGGACAGCUCUUUCUUAUGGGGCUUUAGCUUCUCUAGACAGAUGUCCUAGUGUCUUUAAUCGUGUUGGAGGAUAUAAAACCGAAAAUGGAGAGAUGUGCUAUACAUUUGUCAACACAGAAAAGACCUGGGUGGAUGCCAAUAGUCAGUGCUGGGCCUGGGGUGGUGAGCUGAUCUCUAUCAAGAACUGGAAUAAAAUGAGUUUUGUCAUUCACACCCUUAACUCAGUCCUAAGAUGGAGAAAUAAUGGAGUGUGGAUAGGGGCUCAUGACAGACAUGGUCGCGGAUGGCAGUGGACCAAUGGUGAGAGACUGACAUGGGGUUAUUGGGCCUCUGGACAGCCAAGUAAGACGGGGGGCUUCAUUUCUUUAGAGGACUGUGCCUUGAUGAGACGGGGCGAUGGCUGGAGAUGGCAUGACUAUCAUUGUGAUUCGUCAUUUUUCUUCACGUACAAAUUCAUCUGCCAGUUCCGGAAGCUGCCUCCAACAACUACCACAAGUACUUCAACUAGUACUACUACUAGUACUACCACUACAACCAUCCCUAGUACAACCACUACUAGUACUACCAGCACUAGUACUACAAUUGUUAGUCCCACUACAAGUGUUAGUAUGUCCAAAACCGUUGAGGACAAAUCUAACUUGACUGUACAGGCUGUGGACUUAGGAGUUAAGUUUGACCACACAAAUAUUAAAUUUGAGAAGAAUGGCAUUAUUGCAGAUAAGCUGAAUCAAGGCGAGGGUUCCGUCAGCUCAGUGGUGGGCGGAGAGUCCGAAUCAGACAGUACUGGAAGUGACACAGGAAUUUUAGCAGGCAUUAUUGUAGGAGGAGCUAUUCUCAUUUUGAUAGGUGCCAUUGGAACUCUUUUGUUAAGAAGGAGAAGGCAGAAAAAGUUUGAAGAACCCUCAGUUCAGUUCCAGAAUCUUGCUUACUCUCGAGUGUCCAAUAGUGGACAGGAUGGGAAUGUGGCUAGCAAUGUAUACAUGGACACUAACGAGAUGAAUCGUCUGUAUGAGGAGGUCAACAAGCAAGUGAAUCAUGGUGUCAACUGCUUCAGCGGGACAGUGUUAGACAUUCAGGUACCGAGGUCUGAUUCUGGGGAUCACCAGGAGAAUGCCUGCUGUGGAGGAAUGUCAGAGGAAAGUGAUCUCAAAAAGCUAAAUAACCUCACUCACGUGGCUAUACCGCCUGACACCAAAAAUCCUCCUGACACAACAGAGAACCAUUAUGUAGAUAUGAGUACUGCAAACAAAGCAAAGGAGACAAAUCGUCUGGUAGAAGCCAGUCGAGUGGUGGAUCCAAGCAAACCUUCAAACCUGGGAGUGGACAGAGAACCGAUGCCCCUCCCAGUGUAUGCUAACAGUUUGGAGAAUCUGCGUGAGGGAACAUUGGAACUGACCAGCACAUUAUCUUCACAAUCAAAGGAAUCCACUUACAUGAACAGGCAGGAGGGGUUUGAGGUAGACGAAGAUGGGUACAUGAGUCCCAGGUCCACCCUUCACAGUGACAGUGACACAGAGUUAAUGGGGGCAGAUAAGGACCCCUUGUAUGAUGAAAUUCGUUAAGUUCAUAGCAGAAUUUAACUUUAAUGUGUUCUGUUAAUCAUUUGACUGUGUUAUGUUAGGCAAAACCUUCAAUUCCUUGUUUGUUUUAGUAGAAAUAUGUAGAGGAAAAAAUAUCUGAAUUUAAUAUAGUAUAAUUGAUAAAUAUAUAAUAAUGAAAUUUUAUGAAGAACUAUUUGAUAAACUGAUAAGUAAUGCUGUUUUGGGAAAUACAGUUACAUCUGCUGGUCUGUUCCAAAUCUGAACUAUCCUCAUCAAAGUUGAGCAUUUUUAUAUAAUUGGCAAUACAUAUUGGCAUAUGUGAGUAACAAAAAAAGUUUUGAUUUGGAUGCAUGGUUUAUGUGUAAUAGUGUAAAAAAUUACAAAUUUUGAUAUAGCAAUGAAUUUUAUUUACUUACUCUUGGCAUGCACAAUUGUUGAUAUAUUUCAAAUCGGUUUUAUAAAUUUUGUAAGUAUUUGUGCCAUGUAUACAU